AGAUUGGAAAAAACAGGCUCCAGUUCCAGGGAAGAUGGAUACAUCGUUCUGGGAGGAAGUCUGAAGAACAUGAUAGAUUAAGUGUUCCAUUCAAAGAUAAUGAUAGGUUAAAUGUACAGAUAUUGCUAUAUAUUUUGACAUAUCUUAUCAAAGAAAUUUCACCUAAAAGCUGUUGUUGUUUAUUCAUUGGAUGCAUCUUCAAGUUGGAUGGAUGAAAUUUUAUGUGUGAUGUUGGGGAAGAAAUUUCGUAACGUCUUAAUACCGGAUGUACUAUAGCAGAUGUUCGCGAACUGUUCACAAGCCAACAAUUGGAACUGCUUUAUUGCUGGCUUGGCUAAAUGCGCUGUAUUUGUGGCUAAAACGAACAAAAGAAGUUAACUGUACGCUAAACGGGGUUGGAAAGAACGCAAGUAUUUUUAAGUGACAGGUAAAGAAGAUUUCAGAGGUACUUUAUCAUGGCUUAAGUCAAACUUAUGACAAUGGGUCAAGGACAAUCACGACAAAAAUUUAACAAAAGCAGCUAUAAAGAAAACGAAUAUAGUCCUAGAGGAUUAGAAGGUCACACGUCGAAUGAUGUACGCGAUUUUCCUAGAGUUCAUGGCACAAACAGUGUUACUGCAGUAUCCUGCAUAAAUGGGACGUCGAUUUGCAUCUCUGGAGGCUCUGGAGGGAAAAUAGGAUUAUUUGAUGUUGGUGCAAGGAAACUGAUGGCCAGAUGGGAUGCCCAUGAAAAAGAAAUCACAAAGGUAAUCCCAGCUGGAGUUGAGCAGUCUGUUUACAGUGCCUCAAGAGACAAGUCAAUUAGGGUGUGGAAAAAUAACUCAGAUGAACCAGCUCAUGUACUUAGUGGUCACACGCUUGGAGUCACUGCAAUUACAACCAACAAAGAUGGUUGUCAGCUGGUGUCUGGUUCUCGUGACAAUACAGUUAGGUUGUGGGACAUGAAGGUUGGUACUUGCAUUAGGCAUAUGACACAGCCACGGAACAUGGUUACGGAUGUUAAAUGGAUUGAUGGAACGGAACAGGUCGUCCAGACUGGAGAGGACAAAAUAAUGAAAAUAUGGGAUACAAGGAGUUUGCAAGUGGCCAGAACAUUUCCAAUGAAGCAAUAUUUUCAGACGUGCUGCGACGUAUCGGCUGGUGGUUCGUAUAUAGUAACGGGAGCCACCGGGUUUAAUGGCAAUGGCUGUGACGUCACUGUAUGGGAUGUUCGUGAAGGUAAAGUUGUUAAUGAGCUGAAAGGACACGCCCAAAAAGUAUCUGAUUGUCGCUAUAUCACGAAUAUGUCUGAUCAUGCCCCUGGAUCCCUCCUGGUCAGUGUCUCACUUGACUGCAACGUGAAAAUCUGGAGCCCCGAUGUUAGCAAUGCUCUUGUCUCUGAAGUCGUACCAACAGCUAAAGAACUCACGGCCGUUUCUUCAUUUCAAGAUGGCAGGUUUGUCAUCGGAACAUACGAGUAUGGGAUUCAUUAUUGCAAAGUGGUCGAAGAAGAGGAUGGUCUAAAGAUUAAUCGUGUUUUAAGAUUUUGAUAUUAUGAAUCUCUAGUAAUAUUUCAGAACCCUAAUCGGUAACAAACUAAUCUGGUCUCCAGAAAUAAGGUAUUGGUAGUUGUACUAACUAUACCGUUUUGGAGCACAUUGCUCUCUCUUUGUAACAAUUGUGCAAAGAUGUGUUUCGAACGUUGACAGAUCUUUGCUUACCUCGCGUGAAGGCAAACUUCCAUUUCAAUGUUUUUGUUCGCGCGUGCGUUGCGCCAAAGCCUACGCAUGCGUAUUUGAGAUCGCUUCAGCCGCAGAGAACAAAUUUCGCUUGCCUACUCCCAAAGCAAUUUGUGCAAAUAAGCUGCGAGAAGCAAUUCCAUCAGAAGGUUUCACGGCGCGCGCACAAGCUAAUAGAAAGUCUGAAGUGGAAGUUAAUCUUAAAGACACACGAUGGCUAUAAGCUCAAGCUGUUCAAAUUCAAAAUUUUCAAAUGGAGCUUAAUUAUUGAAACGUCUUAGGAACACUGCUCCCGUGAAAUUGCGAGCUCCCAAAUAAUGCUACCCCAUUCUGUUGCGGAGUGUAUCAAACCUUCCGAUGGCUUUCUAUCGUCCCACGAAUAAUGGUUUGACAAUAAGAAUGACGCAAAAAUGAACAAGCAAUUACAUGCAAAAUCUAAAAACAAAUAUUUUGGCUGUUAUUUUUAGCUUGCCCCGACCCCUGUCACAGAAGUCCUUUUAUAUCCAUCGUGUACCUUUAAGAGAAAGCGCCAAUCAACGUUCUCCCCUUUCAUCAUGCCUGGCGUAUGAUGUUUACAUCCUGUUUCAGUUUUUCCAGUUUUUAAAUUAAUUAGAUUUUAAGAGAGCUUUUUAGCAUUGAAACUUUGAGCUUGCAAGCCUUGAGUUUCCCGCAAGACUUGAUAAAGUUGGAUCUUUGAAGACCGGCACAACCACCUUGCUUCGUUCUCAUAACAUUUAGAUUAAACCUAAUGGCAAGUAACUGUUAGAGCUAUCGUUAAGCUCCCAUUUGUAGAACUUCUCUGCUUUCAAUUGCUUUCCCAAAAAUAAACAUAUUCUCAUUUACUAGGUCUCAGAAAUCGGAUUUCAAUUGAGAUUGUUCUCACAUCAGGCUUUUAGAGCUAUUCUAAUUCUUGUAGUCGAACUUCUAAUUAGAAACCUGAAGGCCAAAGGAUCGAGUCUGGUUUCAAAUAGGUUUUGCAUUAUUACCGUAAAUCCUCGCAUUGCUCCUCUCUAAAAAGCCCCACCCUAGAACUACAAAUUGUCAAUAAGCCCUACCCCCUUGAAUAAGCCCCCACUGCCACCAUAAACCCUCGAAUUUACCCACUUUAGAUUUGUUUAUUUUUUCCAACUGAGUUUGCCUUUCACGUUUUAUUGAAUUACUACAAACAUUCAUACUUCUGUUAAUAAUUGAUUUAAUGUCUAUAAAGAAAUCCCUACUAAAAUAUACGAGGUCUUUUAAUAGUGUCUUCUUAAUGUCUACUGUAAUUUUAUAAGCCAACCUCGUAUAACCCCCCUUCGUAUAAGCCCCGUUCGAAUAACCCCCAUCCAAAAAGGUCAAAAAUAUAUAAGCCCUCAGGGAUGUAAUUCGAAUAUUUACGGUAUAGAAGGUUGUUAAUCAUGCUGUGAACUUUUUGUACUAUAUUUAUGCCAUCACGGGAUUUGAAACAAUUUGGCUCAGCGAAAUUUAAAAUCCCCUCGGUCUGUGACUAAGGGGUGUUAGGGUUUUAUUUUGCAAGUCCUUAAUAGUUUGCAAAACAGAGGAAUUUAGGUACACAACGUUUUUCGAUUAACUGGUAACUUUUUUGAUUUUAUUCUACACUUUUUAAACUUUUACCAGUUUGUUGUUUCUUUUCACGCUUUGUUUAGGGUUUUUGCAACCAUAUUAAACUUAUGAUCUUUUAAAAUGUGGCGUGAACAGUAAAGACUCGCAUGAGUCUUGCGUUUUUAUUGCGGUCCUGGGCGGCGUAUCUGGGCGGCGGAUCUGGGCAGCAGAUCUGGGCGGCAGAUCUGGGCGGCGUAUCUGGGCGGCGGAUCUGGGCAGCAGAUCUGGGCGGCGGAUCUGGGCGGCAGAUCUGGGCGGCGGAUCUGGGCGGCGGAUCUGGGCGGCAGAUCUGGGCGGCGGAUCUGGGCGGCGGAUCUGGGCGGCAGAUCUGGCGGCAGAUCUGGGCGGCGGAAGGGUUUUUAUUGUAAUAGUACAACUUUUUCAGUCCUCUGUUUUCAGUUGUCAGUAUUCAGUUUUUUUGAAGAUGUUGUAAACCAAUUUGUUGUUAAUUUUGUGUUGUCUCCCGAAUUUUUUUAAAGUAAAAUUUCCGUUUUGGUGUUUUUCUAAAUCCUUUGAUGCACUUCAUUUGUUAGAUAAUAUUUUGAAUUUAUGUAGAAUGGUUAUUGAAUUAAAAGCAAUGAUUUGAAAAGUUAUCACUCUUUUUCGAAAUAUAUCUAAAGGAAACGUUCCUCCAAAUUUCCAUCAACAUUUCUAGAGGACCUUAAGUAAGAAUCACUUCUUUCUGUAACCAACACUUCUUCAUCAGCAAUCUGAAUCUUUUAGGCUUAGAGGUCAAAAUUACAAAGCUGGUAUGUAAAAAGUAGCCAAUACCUCUAGGUGUCCUUAGAGUUACCUUCGGAUGCAAGGUAGGAGCAAAUACAAAUACAGGUAUUAAUAUUCUUGAUGGCGUACACGUCCCAACUAGCUUUUGAAAGAGUUUAGACAAUAUAAAAUGUCUUUACUUUCCUUCUCAAAAGUAAUUUUUUUAUGAAAAUUCUUCAAUAUAUAAUGAAAAUCAUAAGACACAUUUUGCAAUUGUUAAAUAUAAUUUCAAAACUCUUUUUAGAAAUUGCCACCGUCAGCAAAUUUUGCCUUUCCUCGCUAAAUUCUGUGUUU